AUGGCUUCGAACCUUCCUCUCCCUAUCCCGCCGCGCACUCCCACUCCUCCAGCGGACGACGAACAUGCCUCCCAGAUCAACUCAGGGAUACCGAUCGAUCGCAAUUCCCUAUCGCCGCUUAAAGCUUCCUUUCCGAAAGGUAUCAUGGAUGCUGAAAGCAGAGAUACUUUGAGCCCCACGAAGUCCUCGUUUAAUCUGGCAACCUCGCCUGAAUAUGCAGAGACACCGAUGGAGAAUGGCUUGGGCGACACAUCCCCCGCCGGGCCAUUCAAUUUCAACACUACUGUUAUGGCGAAGAGCCCAGUGAUCAAAUCGAACAUGGGACAACGUCGUGGCCACAAGUACAAACACAGUAGCAUCUCGCACCAGAUCUUCCUCGAGCCUCCUCCUCGCGCGCCCCUAGCCCUUCCGAACUCCCUACCCAUGCCAACACUGAAAGAAUGCCGAUCUAGCAUGUCGAAGGAUCAAAAGACCCGCUUCUGGUGGAGUCUAUGCCACAUGUUCGUUGCGGCGUACACACUCUGGACCGCACAUGGGUCCCUCGCCAUGACAGCGUUGUCGCAUCUGAUUCUGUUUGAUUCACUCGGGGCUCUCCUGUGUGUUGCAGUUGAUGUUCUGGGUAAUUUUGAAGUUUGGAAAAGAUCGACUAUCCGCCACCCGUUCGGUCUUGAACGUGCAGAAGUUCUAGCCGGAUUCGCGAUGGCUGUGCUUCUUUUGUUUAUGGGAAUGGAUCUUAUCUCCCACAAUAUACAACAUUUCCUCGAAAAGUCUGGCCAUGAGCCUCAUCAUCAGCAUGAUCAUGAUCGGGUUUCUCUAGGUAGUGUGGACGUGACUGCAGUUCUAGCCAUUUCAUCGACGCUUGUGUCGGCAAUUGGUCUCAAGAACCAUGCUCGAAUUGGGAAGGCUAUGCGAUUUGGGUAUAUCCAAUCCCUUCCAUCGGUCUUGAGCAACCCCUCCCACUUCCUCACCCUCUCUUGUUCAACUCUGCUGCUGCUUUUACCUCUGGUCUCAAUUCGGAUAUAUGAUUGGCUCGAUAAGCUCUUGUCUGGCACCAUUGCCUUCUCAAUGUGCUUCCUAGGAACUCGCUUGGUGAAGACUCUAGGUUCUAUGCUUCUCAUGUCCUACUCCGGUCAAGGAGUUUCUGAUGUCAUGAAGGAUAUUGAAGCCGAUGCUGCUGUGUUCGGGAUUGAUGACGCCCGAUUUUGGCAGGUCCAUUAUGGGCUAUGUAUGGCAAACCUCAAGCUCCGAGUCAGCGGCUCUGAGGAUAAUCUUGCCCGGUUACGGGAGAAGAUAACCAGCUUGAUUCGCAACAGGCUGGGCGGGGGGUAUGGCACCGGUGGCCAAAAAUGGGAGGUAUCUUUGCAAUUCACGAUUGAGCGUGCAUGA